AUGCAACCAAAUUCAAUUAGUUCUCCAAAAUUCAAAGUGAGUCGUUUCAAUCCUUAUAGAGAACAUUUGAAAACACAAAUUGCACACACUUCUUUGCUUACUUUAAAACCAAGGGCAUCUUUGCCUAAAAUCUAAAAAAACACUUCUCAAAUUUCUUAGAGAAGUGAAAUACCUUUGUUAAAAAUGCAAACAAUGGGGUCACCCCUUAAUUAGAGUUUUCUAUUAGAAAUGGAGAAAGUGUAUUGUGUAUGGCAUAGUGAAACUGGUAUAGUGGGGGGAGAAUAGAAAGUAUUUAAUCCUUAGCAUGUUAGAAACAUAAUUAAGAUGCUAUUUUAGUUUAAAACAUGAAAAAUUAUUAGUUGUUUAUCGUUUGUGAUGGUCAUGGAUCUUCAGGUCAUUUAGUCUCUAACUAUGUUUUGAAUACUCUUAUACAAUAGAUAGAAUAAGGUAUGCAAAGAAAUCAAUAUAUGCUAUAAUAUAACACUUAAUUACAUAAGACAGUAAUAAAAGGAGCAUUUGCAAAAACAUCAAGUUUAUUAGAAUAAAGUUCUCUACCAAUCAUUAGAAGUGGAUGUACUUGUAAUAUAGUGAUGUUACUAUAAUAAAAUAUAGUACCAGCAGAUUUGGGGGAUUUUUAAUAAGAAUUUCAAAAGGAAUCAGUAGUUUAUUGUGCAAAUGUAGGAGAUAGUAGAGCCAUGAUGGUAAGUAGGGGAAUUAGAGGAGGAUUGAUAAUAAAUUAAUUGAGCAUGGAUCAUAGAUUAGAUGUAGUAGAGGAGAAGAAUAGAAUCAAAUAGAAAGGAGGAACAAUAGCAUAAUUAUAACAUAAUGGAUAAUCAGUAGGUCCAUAUAGAGUAUGGUUGGAUGAGAUGUAAGGUUCAGGUUUAGCUAUGUCAAGAAGUUUUGGAGAUACAUAAAUGUAAUCGGUGGGAGUUACAUCAGAACCUACAAUAUAUGAGUAAAAAGUAAGACCAUAAGAUUUAUUUAUGGUAAUUGCAUCAGAUGGUAUUUGGGAAUAUAUGACAAAUUAAUAAGUGGCAAAGUUGGUGUAUGAGAAAUAUGAAUAAUAAGAUUAGGCAGCAUAAUAUUUAGUAUAAUAAGCUUAGCAAUAAUGGAAGGAAAAUGAUGUAGUAGUAGAUGAUAUUAGUUGUAUUGUUGUAUUUUUUAAUUAAUCAUUAUGA